AUGUCUGAAUUAACUCAUCCUUCAAUUAAAGAUGGCUGGUUUGCUGAGGUGUCUGACACCAUGUGGCCAGGUCAAGCUAUGUCUCUCAAGGUCGAAAAGGUCUUGCACGCCGAAAGGUCCAAGUACCAGGACGUUUUGGUGUUCAAGUCCACUGACUACGGCAACGUGUUGGUUUUGGACAACUGUAUCCAAGUGACCGAGAGAGACGAGUUCUCCUACCAGGAGAUGAUCGCCCACUUGGCGUUGAACUCGCACCCCAACCCCAAGAAGGCGUUGGUGAUCGGAGGUGGUGACGGAGGAGUGUUGAGAGAGAUCUUGAAGCACGAGUCCAUUGAGGAGGCUUGGUUGUGUGACAUUGACGAAGCGGUGAUCGAGGUGUCCAAGAAGUACUUGCCAGAGAUGUCCAAGUCCUACAACGACCCCAGAACCAAGAUCCACAUUGGAGACGGGUUCAAGUUCUUGGCAGAGUACGUCAACCAGUUCGACGUGAUCAUCACCGACUCCUCGGACCCUGAGGGUCCUGCCGAGUCGCUCUUCCAGAAGCCAUACUUCGAGUUGUUGAAGGGGGCCUUGACUGAGAAGGGGGUGAUCUCCACCCAGGCCGAAAGCAUCUGGUUGCACAUGCCUAUCAUCUCCAAGUUGAAGCAGGACUGCAAGCAGAUCUUCCCUGUUGCCGAAUACGGAUACACCAUGAUUCCUACGUAUCCAUCUGGAUCCAUUGGAUUCAUGGUGUGCUCCAAGGACCCUGAAGCUGUGGUGACCAAGGCGGCCAGAUUUGACUGGUCCGACGACUUUGUGGCCAAGAACUUGAAGUACUACAACAAGAGAAUCCACGAAGCGGCCUUUGUGUUGCCCACCUGGGCUGACCAUAUUUUGAACAAGAACUGA